AUGGUAUCGAUGGCCCGAAACUUGAGAAUCGCGAUCCUGCUGGACCUUGGGGGCUUCAAGGCCAUGCUGUCCGAGCUGCUUGAGGGCAGCAAACCCCACUUAAAGGAGGCUGCCCUGCGUUGCUUCCCUGACGACUAUCCGUUCGACUACCGGAAGUGCUGCCGCGAUCCCGGCAACGCGUGGUUCCGCAAGAACGUGGAAGAGCAGUGCUGGGCAGUUCAGAGCGGCAUCACUUUCGAAAAGUGCUGUACCUUCAAGUUUGGACCGGGGCUUCGAGGUCUGCCUUAUGCUAGCCACGCAGAUCCAUCUGCACCGACAGAGUUUGACCUGCCCGUUGGCCGCCUGGUUUUGAGGUCCGGCUUUGAGGAGCCUUUGGGAGACUUCUGGCCGCCCGGUUGGAUUUAUGCGAAGCUGACAGCAGACUUAGAAAGGGCGAUUCUUGACUCUGAAGCCUUCGGCUGGGAGGCGGGAGCACAGAUGCUCCGGCCUUUGCUCGAAUCUCGGGCCUCGGGCAGGGCCUUGCGAAUCUUUGACGUCAGCUGUGGAUUGGGCUUGAGCUCCAUCACGGCAGCGCGGGCAGGUCACAACGUCACAGCCACUGAGGUGUCGCUGGAUUUGAUCCGGACGGCAGGGCGGAAUGCGAAGCGGAACGGUGCCCGGAUGCGCUUGCAGCGCUGGGACUUCUUCCGAGCCGUGCCAGAAGGUUGGCGUUCUUCUCCGUCGCAGUCCAAGGAAUACGACCUUUGCCUGGUGGAUAUCGGCUGGGCCAACCUCCGCUUCCGGGAAUUCCAGAUGGGCAGAGAAUCGAAGAUGCCAAUGUCGUCGGCAAUGUCGGUAUCGGCGUGGCCCAGCGUGGAGAAGGUGCUGAGGGGCGCCUUGCUGCAUUUGCAGCAGCUGGGAGGCUGUCGGCUUCACGCCUUCGUCGCCGCCUCGCAGGUCGUCUCCGAAGAGGGUUUCUACGUGGAUGGCCACUUUGGCUACGCGAACUUCACGUUGGAACUCCUGCAAAGCCUCGCAAGCUUCGCCACGGCUUUUGAAGGUCGCAUCAGGCCGAGGUGGCCAGCGGUGAGCCCACUUGGCUUCCUGGAGAAGGACUUGGACCUUGGCGACCUGGGUGGCGAGCUGGUUUGGACGAAGCCUGCAGUGCUGGGCAAGGUUGUAGGCUACAACAUCUACCUGGGCGUGGCUUGGCAUCACCACGCCCGCUUCACUUCCCUUCAGCGUCGACUUCUCUUGACCUGUGCUCAUUGGCAAGGCUCAAAGGCCCUGUUGGCAAGGGACCCCACCUUCAAGCACACGGUCUUUGACCGCGGUAGGUUAAUGGCAGAGCCUUCUGCCCUCGUUGUACGCGAUUGGGAGCUUGCGCUCGAUGCCGUACACCUGCCCAACACGACUAUUCUUUACAGUGGAAG